CGGAACACCCAAACUUUUGGAUCAUUAAUACUUGACUGUCAUAUUGAAUAAAUAACCUUUUUUUUUUUGUUCAUUCAAGGCGCCGCCCGAGACACGAAUGCGGUAGUGAAUACCCUUAGGGCCUUAGGGUAAUACUAUCUUCCAGGAAUUCCAUACAAGCCAAUUCCAUCAUGGAACGCAAAAGGCUAUUACACCAACUCGACACCCCAUAUUCUGCAGUUCAAUGGCCCCAUGUGCUACCUGAAGAUCAGGAUACAGUCUUGGAACUUCUCUGCAGCCUUCUUUCCCCUUUAGGCGAUUAUCGACGAGCGCACUUGGUUCCAUCUAAGGGCAAGCGCAGCAAGAAAAAGUCAAAAAAGCAAGCAUCGGAUGGCCAACCCCCAGGCUCUGAGCGCCCUAGGCCACCUCCACCAGAGCUUUCGGCGUUUGUUGACAUUGGCUUGGCAAACAUCACUCGAUGUCUUCAGGAGGAUUCCGGAUCUUCAAUAAUCAGCCCUAGCGGGGAUGAAAAAUCCCAUGAGAACUUGAAGGGGACCCCAUACGCCAUGAUUCUCGUGGCCCGAUCAGGACAUUCCUCUGCCUUUCACUCACACUUCCCGCAGAUGGUUGCGAUGGCAUCUCAGUCUCGACCGAAUCAGCCUGCCAUUCGCCUGGUCGGCUUCAGCAAGUCUUGUGAGGACCGCCUCAGCGAUUGUCUUGGGAUCCCAAGAGUCUCGAGUGUUGCGUUACGGGCUGGAGCACCUUUGUCCAAACCCCUUAUUGGGUUUGUUCGACAAAAUGUUCCUGCCAUUGAGAUACCUUGGGUGGAGGAGGUGGCGGCCGGAUAUCAAGAGACAAAGAUUAAAACAAUUGAGGCUCCUGUAGGUCGCAAGAAGCAAAGAAUCGGGAAGACAUAGUCAGCCUAUCUUGCAGAGUCGGCUGUAGUCAUUUUCAAAAUCCGAGUUGGGCUGGUGAUGUCGGCAUUGCUGGCAAUUCAACGAGGCCCAGUCGAGCUGCUUUCAGAAGGCAUAUUUUAAUUGCGGUGGUUUAUAGCGUAUAGUUCACAAAGUCCCGUCCUCCAAUUUACG